GCUGUUGGAAAAAGAAUUUGAAAGGCCUCAAAGAUAAGUCCCCCACUAGUCUGGAGGUCCUAGAGGUCGUGAAGUUUUAUAUUAUUUUAGCGAGCACGUCCUUUUCGUUUCUGCUACGACACUUCAGACAGCGAUGGAUACUGGCGUAAAGAUGCCUCAUAUAACAUCAGAACCAAAACACUACGAAGAAAAACUUCUCAAGACAUCUUCUGUAUUAUCUGCCCUUUCGAUUUUGUUGACGUUUGUCUUGUUCGCAAGAAUCGAGAUAGUGGCUCGUAACACGGAAACGAUGGAUUCAAAGUUCACGCAGCAAAUUCAACAAAUGCAAAAAGCUCUUGACAAAGCAGCCAUUCUACAAGACCCUCUGAAAGGGAAGAAAGAUAUCGUUUUUGGCACUGAAUACAAAGGUACUAUUGUUCGACGAAGCGUGGUCCCAGCAAACAUUAACGGCUCUGUCGGUACACAAGAUGUUCAGCACAUGAUCAAGAGAUAUGUCACAUCGAUAAUCGUUGGAUCUGUCUGCCUUGCCCCUGGAAAAGUUUGUGUAUCAGGGCCCCCCGGUCCUCGCGGUAAACGUGGGCCGAGAGGAACUAAGGGAAGAAAGGGAACGCAGGGUAUCAUGGGACCUCCAGGUGAACAGGGGAAGCAAGGCAUGAUGGGGGACACUGGACCAGCUGGAAUUAAAGGAGAAAAAGGAAAUACGGGAGCUCCCGGGCAACCGGGACCUAAAGGUGAUGCCGGGAAGUCCGUAUCUGCACCAGUGUUGAUUGUAUCUCCUACGUCACUCACUGUGACUCAGAACCAGACCGCCACGUUUUACUGCUCAGCUGAGGGUUACCCAGUACCUAGCGUGUCCUGGAGUAAAAUAAGUGGCAAAAAACUGAUAAAUAUGGAUGAUAAAGACAACAAGUUGGAGAUUAUAAAUGCUACUUACAAUGACUCUGGGAAGUACCUUUGCACAGCUACAAAUAUCUUGGGACAAGUUGAGAAAGAAGCGAAACUUCUCGUAGAAGUGCCUCCACAAUUCACCGAGAUUCCCGAUCAAGUUAUAAAGGUAAAGGAGGGUAAAGUAGCCUCUGUUGUCUGCAGAGCCUUUGGUUCUCCACCUCCUGUAAUUCAGUGGUCAAAGGCAUUUACGUCAUUGCCGAAAGGACGUGCAACUGUUGAGAAUGGAACCCUUAAGGUUACAGUAUACCUUCAGAUCGGCAAUUUUCUUCAAAUUUGGAUUUUUGGUUCAAAGUAAUGAUCGAA